UUUAUAUUGUCGUUUUGGUGGUCAAGCUGGUCAGUCUGUGUUUAUGCUCGAAGCUGAGAGGACGUGCGUGCGUGUGUAUUCUAAUUUAAAUUGAAAGUUCCUCGUUCUUAAUUUGAAAAUGCAUCGGUUGGUGAUGUUUGGUGGCCUGCUGGCGCUGACUGGGGGGGCUCUGGCCCACACCUACCACUUGGGGGCAUGCCCGGUGGUCGAGCCUAUGCCAGGAUUUGAAAUGAAUAAGAUGCUGGGCGUCUGGUACGUCAUCCAGAAGACGUCGACGGCGUCUCACUGCAUCACAUACAACUUCAGCAAGACUGACGAGCCAGGCACCUAUGAGAUAGACCAAGACUCGCAGCAUUUCAUACUGGGACUCACGCCGCUGAAACAUGACUACAAAUACACCGGAAUUUUGACUGUGCCGGACCCAGCCGUCCCAGCAAGAAUGAAAGUUCGCUUUCCACUAAGUGUAGCCGGCUCAGCGAGCUACACGGUCAUGGCCACAGACUACACCACGUACGCCGCCAUCUUCACGUGUCAGAAGCUGGCGUUCGCGCACCGCCGCUCCGCCACCAUCCUGUCCAGGACCAAGGAGCUCGACAAGAUGUAUGUGGACAAGAUGCGCACGCGCCUGGCCUCCUUCGGCGUGGACCCGUACGACCUGUCCAUCAUCGUGCAGUCCGAAUGCCCGAAGCUGAACAGUAACGGCACCAGUGAUGGCGUCAACAUCAAUAUACAGCCUGAUACGUUCUCGUCACAGAAUAUAGGGAAUGCUGUGAGGAAGACUGGCAGUGCUAUUGCGGACGGCGUGGAAUACGUGGUGGAAGCCGGCAAGAAGGUGUACCACAAGGUGGCUGACAGCAAGGAGGAGCUGACUGAAGUGCCGGCGGCGCGCGGUCGCAGCCAACUGGAUGCAGAGGUCGAGUGGCUGCCCUGAACAACCUGCGGGCCUAGUGGUACAGUCUGGGCCAAAGAGACCUGUCAUCUAAGAUGUUAAUCUAAGGGGUUAGGUCUCUUUGACCUGGGAUGUACAAGCGGUAUUAUGUGGGCAGAUAAAGAAACAAUAUAAAAAUGGCGAUUUUAUCUAGUUACUCCUUUAAAAUCCCACUUAUGUGUGACCGUGACAUUUUCAUAUUGUGUCUUUUUGUGCGCGUGGAUAGUUUAAUAGGUACGCCCUGUGUUUGUAUCUACACCUUUUGAUAUCCCUUCUGGACCCUACAGUUUGUAAAAUAAAUACCUACUAUCGAAAGGUAGAUACAUAGAAUGGUGUCCUAUUAUAUUAAAAAAAACUAUGUUGUGAUUGUUUAUCGAUAACAAAGGCCUAUAAAUAGCAAUUUAUUGAAGCAUCACGAAUUAUUUUAUCAAUUCAAUUAUUUAAAUGCAAAUGAUCAUGAGAUUGAUGCCGCCACGUCUUACGAUACAAAAGAAAUACUCUGCGUUUGUAACUGAUGAAAAAUACUUUUCCUAUUCUACCUGUUAACAAAAAAUACUCGUGUAUUUAUAAAGAUUAUCUCAGUAUGUGUAAGUUCAAACCAAACUAUAAAAUACCUGCUAGUUUUAGUAGAAUUUAACUUCCUAGUUAUAUUUAAAUGUAAAUGUAAUGCAAGAUGAUCGUGUAGUUUUUACUUUUUAUAAAUAAAACAUUUAAAAUUGAAAGCAUAAAUAUUUUAUUACUCCUGUAACUUAACGGCAAAUGUACAAAAUGCAAAUUAAAUGCUUAAUCCAACAGUAAAUACAUAAAUUAUUGCUUAAAAGCUAA